GUUUAUACUCUGUAACAAAUAACCGCAUUAUUCAUGGAUGAAACGCACGUGUAGGUGUUACAUAAUCAGUGGUAAGGCAAGUUUAGUAGUAGUGGCAUCAAUGUAAAUAUUUUCGAAGAAAAAAUAAGGGUCACGUAUUUAAACAAUCAAUCGGUCGCAACAACAAUCCAUAGUUUUAAUUUAUUUCCAACAAUAAAAAUGGGCCAACCUGUCGUUAAAAUUUCAACCGGAAAACUCUGCGGUAAAGUGGGUAAAAACUUCAACAAUAAAGCGUUCUUCUGUUUCCAUGGAAUACCAUACGCCAAACCACCGAUAGGCCCACUUAGAUUUAAGGCACCACAACCAGCUGAACCUUGGUCAGGAAUCCGCGAUGCCACGCAAGACGGAACUCCUUGCAUUUCCAGACACCCUGUAUUGAAAAGUCUGAUCGGGUCUGAAGACUGUCUAACACUCAAUGUUUACACCCGUGAUCUACCAAAAGAAGGCAGCAAUUUUCUGAAACCUGUAAUGGUGUGGAUUCAUGGCGGAGGUUUCACGUCCGGUUCCGGAAGCUCGGAAAUAUACGGACCUGAAUUCCUAAUGACCGAAGACAUAGUUCUAGUCUCAAUCAAUUACAGAAUUGGUAUUAUAGGUUUCCUCAGUCUGGAAGACCCAGAUUUGGAGGUGCCAGGCAAUGCCGGGCUUAAAGACAUGGUAUUGGCCCUAAAAUGGGUGCAGGAGAACAUUAUACACUUCUGUGGUGACCCCAACAAUGUGACAAUUUUCGGGGAAAGUGCCGGAGCUGCAGCUGCACAUUAUCUCAUCCUAUCCCCAAUGGCCAGAGGUCUGUUCCACAAAGCUAUUUUGCAAAGUGGGUGCGCUUUGAACCUUUGGGCCAGAAGUCGGAGGUAUACAACCGAGUUGGGGCAAGUUCUAGGCUUACAAACCACCGAUGAAAGGAAGGUUUUGGAAGUUUUGCAAAAAAUGUCAGUCGAGGAAAUGUACCUAGCUGCGGAAAAAGUUCACGAUCCAUUUAUUGCCUCUCUAGUACGACCACAUGGCCCAGUCAUUGAAAAAAAACCGGAAGGUGCUUUUUUGUGCGAAGAUCCGGUUGAUUUAUUAGAGUCGGGGCGGUACAAUCAUGUUCCAAUCAUGAUAGGUUAUACCACCAGGGAAGGGAUUUUGUCUGAGGUUUUACAACGGCCAAAGCCCUUCAAACCCAUAACUGACUUCGAGCUUGCUGUUCCCAGUUUUUUGAAGCUUCAGCGUGGCUCGGAUAUUUCCAAACUGGUGGCCAAAAACAUCAAAGAGUUUUAUUACGGAAAUGAGGAGCCUACUGACAAGAACAAGGACAAAUUUUAUUUACUCGAGACUGAUAAUUUUUUCCUGAGAGAAAUCUGGCGAACCGUCAAAUACCACAACAAGACAUCUUCAGUUCCUAUUUAUUUCUACAGAAUGUCAAUCGAGACUGAUCUCAACUUGUUCAAAAACAUGUUUUCCAUAACGGAGCCAGGUGUUUCACACGCUGACGAUUUGGGUUAUUUAUUUACGAAUUUAUUGACCCCUGAUAUCGAAGAAGGGAGUGACGAAGACAUUGCUGUGAAACGAUUCGUCAAACUUUGGACCAAUUUUGCCAAAAAUGGGGACCCCAACCCUUCGGAAGAAAACCCCCUUAUUAACGUGACCUGGAAACCGGUGACCCGAAACGAGAUGAACUUUUUGGACAUUGGGACGAAACUAACGACAGGAGUUGACCCAGACUCAGACAGGAUGGCCUUCUGGCAAAGGAUAUUGAAAAUCAACCCGAACAAUAAAUUAUGAAACAUUUGUACCACUUUUUUCAAUAAAUUAUGCGAGACAAAGUCCA